AUGGGAUUUGUUACUGUUUUUCCAGUGUUUGUAGUCACUGUUUGUUUGAUCAAUGGAAAAUUUUUAAAAAAUAAACUUGGUGAGAUAGCGGUCUGCUGUCAGGAUUCAAGUAACGCUACCACCCAGUUCAUCGAUGCCGAUUAUAUAAGUGCAAAAAUGGAAAUUUUAAAGGUUGCAUGUCAGGGCCCCGCCAGAUGUGCAUGGAUGUGUCAACGAGAUCCUACCUAUGUUACAGCGUGCUGCCUCUUCAAAACUGCUCACAUUUUCAGACCUAUCAACGCUUAUAUCGACAACAGAUUCUUGACAUCUCUAACUAUCACAUUCACAUAUAAAAGGCAAGAUUUUUUUAUUCAAGCCAGUCGAUGCAGCGCUAGACCUGACGCCUCAACCGCCACGCCACCCCAUCUAACCUGGAACAAAAAUAAAUUUUUAAACGGGCGUCAAAUUGAAUGCUAUGAUGAAAAAAAGCUAUCGUGUUCACUUCCAUACACUUUCAACGGAUCUCGUGUUAAUGACUGCAAAGCAAAUUCGACAUGUCUAAACGGGAAUGGAGUUAGCAUACUGUGCUCUGAAGCUAUUUCAGGUGUGAAUACAUCCUUUGUUCCGAUCAAUCUUCUGGUUAGAAAUGUGACCACCAAUAGAACGAUGGUGGUGCCAGCAUUUACGAAAGCAGGAUGGCUGGUCAUACAUCAGGCCAACGUCUCAUCCGUGGAAAGUUUCAAGAAGUCCUGGGACCAAUACAAAUACGGAUUUGGAAACCUGAAUGAAGGCAACUACUGGCUGGGAAACGACUACGUCAGUCAGAUGACAUGGAUGAUGCCCAACGUAACCUGGCGUCUGCACGUCAGCGUCCAAGCAUCUGCCAACAAGAAGUUCUACUCCACUGAGUACUGGAGGUUCAGAAUUAAGAGUGAGAAAGAAUUGUACGCCAUUGAACUGGCAGGCAAUGUGCCAAGAGAUGCUGGUGAUGCUUUCAAUAAUGUCACUUACCCGACAUGGAUAACAAACUUUAGACCAUUUUUAACAUUCGAUCGGAAAAACGACGCAUGUUUCAACUGCACAUGCGCCGGUUUAUCUGGUUGGUGGUACAACGUUUGUGGUGUCAGCUCGUUGACGAAAAAUCCACAGGACUGGGGAACGCUUCAAAAAGCCACUUCGUCUGCCAAUUACUCCGUCAUCUAUUCUACCAUGAUGAUUAUGAUUAAUUAG